GAGAUUCCUACCGUGGUGUAUUGAGUUUCAACAAAAUGAAGUACCUCUCGAUUCUUGCGCUCUGCAUCAGCUGCGGGCUGAUCAACGCCGGUACCUACACCGACCGUUUCAUGCAGCAGUACAACAAAAUGAAAGAUGCCAAAAACGGCUACUUUUCUAAAGAAGGCAUCCCUUACCACGCUGUGGAAACAUUGAUCGUUGAAGCUCCAGAUCAUGGUCACGAAACCACGUCCGAAGCUUACAGUUACUGGCUAUGGUUGGAAGCUAUGUAUGGUCGUAUCAACAAAGACUUCUCCAAAUUCAAUGAGGCAUGGCAGAAUAUGGAAAGGUGGAUAAUCCCAUCCCACACCGACCAAAGCACCAACAACUUCUACAACCCUGGAGCUCCAGCUACUCCCUCUGCUGAACUGGACGACCCCAGUCAGUAUCCUUCUAAGAUGGACUUCGGUGCCCCUGUUGGUCAAGAUCCUAUUUACCAAGAAUUAGUGAAUGCUUACGGAACCAGCGACAUGUACGGUAUGCAUUGGAUAUUGGAUGUAGACAAUGUAUAUGGAUUUGGUAACACACCUGGUGGCGGUUGCGAACUUGGACCGAAAACAAACGAACCAUCAUUCUUUAACACAUACCAAAGAGGACCUAUGGAAUCCGUCUGGAGAACCAUUCCCCAAACAACUUGUGACAACUUCAAAUAUGGUGGUACUCAUGGAUUUUUGGACCUUUUCGUAGGUGACAACAGCUACUCUCAACAAUGGAAAUUCACCAACGCUCCCGAUGCCGACGCCAGAGCAGUCCAAGCAGCAUUUUGGGCUUACCAAUGGGCAAACGAGACUGGACAAGAAUCAGAUGUCGAAGCAACUGUCGAGAAAGCAGCUAAACUUGGUGAUUACCUGAGAUACGCAUUGUUUGACAAAUAUUUCAAACAAGUAGGUAACUGUGUUGGAAUUUGGAAUUGCCCUGGAGGACAAGGUAAAGGCAGCGCUCACUAUCUUCUUUCCUGGUACUACGCUUGGGGAGGUUCCCUCUACGCCAACUGGGCUUGGCGUAUCGGAGAUGGCUCUGCUCACUUCGGCUACCAAAACCCCCUUGCUGCCUACGCUUUAUCGCAUGUAGACGCUCUGAAACCAAAAUCUGCAACUGGUGCAAGUGACUGGGCUAUCUCGCUAGAUAGACAAAUCGAAUUCUACGGUUGGCUUCAAUCUGUACAAGGACCUUUCGGCGGUGGCGCCACUAACAGCUGGAAUGGCAGGUACGAUACACCUCCGCCAGAACUUACCAGCAACACUUUCCACGGCAUGUUCUACGACUGGGAACCCGUUUACCACGACCCACCAUCUAACAGAUGGUACGGUAUGCAAUCGUGGUCAACUGACCGUCUCGCCCAAUACUACUACGUCUCCGGCGAUGAAAAAGCUAAAGCUCUUUUGGACAAAUGGGUGAAAUGGAUCGUCUCUGAAAUCAAAUUCGAAGGUGAUGGUUACACGCAUCCCGAAUGGAUCCAAUGGUCCGGAAACCCUCCCAACGUUAACGCUAAUGUCACUAAACACGGCAGCGAUGUCGGUACUGCAUCCGCAACGGCUAGAGCUCUUACUUACUACGCCGCGAAAACCGGUGACCAAAAUGUCAAGAACGUUGCUAAAGAAUUAUUGGACAGAAUUUGGAACAAAUACCAAACAGACAAAGGAGUUUCCGCUCCCGAAGUUAUGGACACUUACAACCAAUUCAACCACGAAGUUUACGUACCGCCAGGUUGGAUGGGAAGCUACCCCAACGGCGACAUUAUCGAAAACGGUGUUACCUUCGUAGGAUUGAGAUCUUGGUACAAAAACGACCCAGACUGGCCCAAAGUACAGGCUUACUUGGAUGGCGGUCCGGCGCCCACCUUCACUUACCACAGAUUCUGGCAACAAUCCGACGUCGCUAUCGCUCAAGGUACCUACGGUCUUCUCUUCAAUGAAUAAAUAGAUUUCUAGACUAUUUUUGUAUUUAUUCCGUAUAUUAAAUUUUUAUCAAUUUA